AUGGAAGAUGACAAGAAUGAUUACAAUCCCGAGGAGGAAGUCACCACUGGAAAUUGGAACACCCCGAAGAUAGAAUUGAAAGAAGUGGAGAUAACGACGGGAGAAGAAGAUGAAAGCCUGUUUUGGUCAGGAAGAUCCAAACUGUACAGGUGGGUAGAAGGCGAGUGGAAGGAACGAGGACUAGGGGAAUCGAAACUGUUAUUACACAAGAAAAAAGGAAUCAUCAGGUUUCUUUUAAGACAAGAGAAAACACUGAAGGUUGUGGCGAACCACUAUAUUUACCCCAAUAAGUCCUACUGCAAACUCGUGCCCAACGCAGGGAGUGAAAAAAUUUACGCUUGGACAGUGAAAGAUUUUGCGGAGGAACCGAAAAUUGAGCAGUUUGCGUUAAAAUUCAAUACGGCGGAGGCGGCCAAGCUUUUCAAGCAGAAGUUUGAUGAGGCUGGCCAAGUGAAUUUGAAGCUGCUCGAUGAUAAUGGGCAGUUGAAGGGGAAGGUGGGGGAGGAAGAAGGGGAGAAGGAUGGAAUGAAGGAAAAAAAGGAACAGAAAAAUGAAGAGAAAAAAGAAAAGAAAGAGCAAGAGAAGGAGGAAAAGAAGGAGGAGAAAAAAGUCGAAACUGAUGCGAAGGGCAAAAAGGAAGAAGAGAAAGAGCAUGAGAAGAAGGAAGAACAAAAGGAGGACAAGAAGGUCCAAACUGAUGCGAAGGGAAAGAAGGAAGAAGAGAAGGGGAAGGAAAAGUCAAAGGACGCAGAUAGCGAUAAAACCAAAGGGACGGAUGACAAAAAUAAGGAAGACGACAAGGGAGCGGAGAAGUCGAAGGAAGAUUCCAAAAGGGGGGAGAAGGUGAAUAAGAAGAACGAGGAGGAAGAGAACAUCAAGCGAGAAAACUGA